GGUAGAUAGGUGGACGUCACUUUUACAGCGCGCUAAAAUUGUGGAAAUAACUGCUCCGUACAAUAGUUAGCUAUGUCAUUUUCCUGGUGUGAUUUAUUAUUGCCCGCAGUCAGGGUGAUAUUGACGGAGCCCCAGAAGAGACUAAAAAGCUCCACAAAGAAUAUCGAACGCUCAAGCAAGCAAAUAAAUGGGCACACAGACCCAACACCUACCUCACAGACUCAAUCAGGUUUUGUCUGUAGAUAGCGGCAGCCGUCCCUGUUGCCAGAGAGAAAAGGACUCAGGUUGCUGGGGCACUCAGCUGAACUGUAAGAGCAUGCCGGUGGCUUCCCCCAAACUGACUCUGACAGCCAAGGAAAGGGAGUCCCUCCAAGCCUCGGCCCAGUACUUUGACAUGAAGCUCAAGUCAAACCUGGACCUGGGAGCUCUAACAAAGGAGAGACCGGUUUCUCUGAAGAAGUCGUUCACUCCUCGUGGAACACCUCUGAAGUCAUGGAAAGAUGUCCAGAGCCCAUACCCAUAGCUGGAGCUGCAGACAGACAUACCCUGCAUCUGGAGCUGCGGGCAGACAGCCAUACCCUACAGCUGGAGCUGCAGACAGACAUACCCUGCAGCUGGAGCUGCAGACAGCCAUACCCUACAGCUGGAGCUGCGGGCAGACAGCCAUACCCUACAGCUGGAGCUGCAGGCAGACAGCCAUACCCUGCAGCUGGAGCUGCGGGCAGACAGCCAUACCCUACAGCUGGAGCUGCGGACAGACAGACAUACCCUACAGCUGGAGCUGCGGGCAGACAGACAUACCCUACAGCUGGAACUGCGGGCAGACAGACAUAUCCUGCAGCUGGAGCUGCAGGCAGACAGACAUACCCUGUUAUCCCCUCUGCCAAAGCCAGCCAACACACGUCAAGACCUGGCCUCUCCAAUGCAGACAGGGACAGAACACCCAGAGCAGCUUCCGGAGGAGCCCUUUGAGCCCCUAACAGCCUUCACGCCCUCCAAGCUAUGGUCUCCUGCAGCGGGGUAUCCUCAUCAUACAGACAGGCAGGCAGCAGGGCCCAGCAGCUCAGACAGACCUUCACCAAGAGGCUGACCUCUGUAUUUGAUGAGGUGGGUGACGCAGAGUAGCCGGUUGUGGGUAAUUUGUCUCUUGCCGUGGAAGCGGCGAUGAGUUCCCCGCACGCCAAAAGGGGAGGCGCUGGCAAGGGAGAGAUCGCAGGACGUGCCGCCAGUUCCUUUGUCACACCUUCCAGGCAGAACGAAGGGGCAACUCUCCUGGGGGAGAGGGCUUCCAAGAGUACCAUGCCACAGGAUCUGCCUUCUCCUGACGAGCACCAGCCCCAGGUUGGUGGUGGCGUAACGUCUGCAACAGACCCAGCCAGUCUGUGGCCCGCUGGACAACGCUCCUCAUUAGUGUCUGGCUCUGGAGGAGGAGAGGAUGAAGAAACCAGAUCAGGUCUCAAAGGACAGGCAGAGGGCGGUACGAUAGAAGAGACCGCCGUCGGCGCCACCACUGCCAAGAAAUCUCGAGUGAGGACCAGACAGGGCCGGGGAGGAGGGGAUGUGGAGGAGGCAAGAGUGUUAACGCAGCCACCGCAGGCCGAAGGUGAUGAGCUCGGAUUGGAGAAGAAGGGUACAAAGAAAAGGGGUGGAAAAAGACACAGGAAUCCUGACACAGAUGGAGAGAACCCUGCAGGCACGGAGAAAGAGGAGUGGGUGGUGAAAAAGAGGAGAAGGACAGAUAAAGCCCCCCAAGCGAGGAAGAAGGCUAAGGCAGGUGAUGGAGACGUCAGCGAUCAGGAGGAUGGUGACGUCACAGAGAAGGAAGUGGUGAAGCAGAAACCAAGGGUUCCACAGGAGAACCUGCUAGGAGGUGGAUGAGACAUCAAAUCUGCCAGGAACAGAGGGAGCAACACUAUGAGACCUAAAGCCACCAUGAACUCGGACGGUAACUUUGUGAAGAUCAACCUGAAAAAGAAAGGAUACGUAUGUAGGGGCGCUGGCCUACGGAAGCAGCUAAAGGGGGAGAUGUUUGGAGGGCCAGACUCAAGGUUUAGAGGGGGCUUCUGCAGAAGAGGCAGAGGAGGGUUUAGAGGCAGCUUCGGAGGGUUCAAACGUCCAGGUGACAGCUGCUUCAAGUGUGGAGGCAUAGGACACUGGGCUAUGAACUGCAAGGGCAGAGUUGCAGCUCCAGUAGACAGUGCUGCUGCUGAUGAGGCGUCUGCGGUUGAGGAGGAGCCCUUGGAGCUGCCAACCUUGGAGGAGGUUGCCCGGGCAACAGGAACUCUGCGUUCCGAGCCUCUGGUGGCACCCCCCAGUGUUAAAGAGGAGAAUGAGUGUCAGGGAGAGAAGCAGCAGGAGGAUGGUGAUGAGGUCUUGUUGAAUGUGAUCAGGCCAGACUACAAACGUACUCCUUCUCCGCCCCCCAUGCAGCCCCUCUACCCCCUAGGGGAGGACAGAAAAGUGCAAGUGGCACGUUCUGAAGUUUUUAAAGCACUCAAAGACUUUGGGUUCAAGUCUUUCAGACCAGGGCAGGAACAGGCCACCAUGACAAUUCUAUCAGGUCUGUCCACUCUAGUGGUGCUCUCCACAGGCAUGGGGAAGUCUCUGUGCUACCAGCUGCCUGCCUACCUCUAUGCCCAGAGGUCCAACAGUAUCACUCUUGUGGUAUCACCACUGGUAUCUCUUAUGGACAAUCAGCUAUCUGGAUUCCCAUCCACACUGAAAGCAGCUGCUAUUCACUCCAGUAUGUCUAAAAAACAGAGGGAGGCAACCAUUGAAAAGGUUAAGGCAGGUGAGGUCCAUUUCCUGCUCCUGUCCCCUGAGGCGUUGGUAGGUGGAGGUCACUCUGGCUUUGCCUGUCUGCCCACCGGCUGACCAGCUCCCCCCGGUGGCCUUUGCCUGUAUUGACGAGGCCCACUGUGUCUCAGAGUGGUCCCACAACUUCAGGCCCUGCUACCUGCGUCUCUGCAAGGUGUUGAGGGACCCUCUGGGUGUGCGUUGCCUGCUGGGUCUGACUGCCACCGCCACCCUGUCCACAGCCCUGGACAUCGCUCAACACCUGGACAUCACUGACCAGGACGGUAUUGCUGUCCGCUCGGCCGCCGUGCCUGACAACCUGCAGCUGUCUGUCUCCAUGGACCGAGACAAGGACUAGGCCCUGGUGUCUCUGCUGAAGGGAGAGAUGUUCGGGUCUCUGGAGUCCGUCAUCGUCUACUGCACCAGGAGAGACGAGGCCACCCAUAUAUCUGCCCUGCUCAGGACCUGCCUCCAGGGGGUGCUGUUGCCAGCCAGGAGGAAGAUGACAACCCUAUAGGGAAGAAGAAGAAAGCUUUGGCCAGGAAGAAGAUCCGUAUAAGCCUCUGAAGUGAAUGGCUGAGUCCUACCACGCCAGCAUGUCGUCAUCCGAGCGCCGUCGUGUCCAGAACAGCUUCAUGUGUGGAGAGCUGCGCAUGGUGGUUGCCACGGUAGCCUUCAGCAUGGGCCUGGACAAGUCGGACGUGCUCGGCAUCGUGCACUACAACAUGCCCAAGAGCUUUGAGAGCUACGUGCAGGAGAUCGAGAGGGCAGGGAGAGACGGAGUACCGGCUCACUGUCAUCUCUUCCUGGAACCUGAGGGAGGGGACCUGCAUGAGUUGCACAUCUAUGCAGAUACCGUGGACUACUACACUGUGAAGAAGCUGGUGCAAAAGGUGUUUCCUCCCUACAAGUGCAGCCAGGUCUACCAGAAGUAGCAGGAUCUAGCCAGGGCUCUGGAGGAGGUUGACGACUCCGAGAUGAUGGAACUGAUGGACACCUGUGAUGAGACCUCUGCUGCAGCACCAGAACAAACAAAGGAGACUAGUCAAAACACCCCCUUUGAGCAGUUGGAACAGGCCAAAGUCCCUACUGAGGACAAGGAUGUACCAACUCUUCAACCAUCGGAGGGGAAGCAGAAAGAACCACCAGAGUUGAGUGUUCCACUUCCCCGGAGAGGGGAUGGCGAACAGGAAGAGGAGGAGGGGCCAGGGGGAGGUGAUGAUUGGCCCACGACUAGGGUGUGUCACACCCAUGAGAGGGCCGUCCCUAUGCAGGACACUGUGGAAGCCCUGGACAUCACUGAGGAAGCUUUGGAGACUCUGCUGUGCUACCUGGAGCUGCACCGUCAGCAGUGGGUAGAGCUGCUCCACCCCACCCUCUCUGUCUGUAAGAUGGUCAGCUCUGCAAACUCACCAUGAUGUAGGGCAACAUCACAACACCCGGCUCAUGUUCAUUCAUUAGGGCACACCGUAUAUAUUUAUUUUUAAACUGUGUGCAUUUUCAGUUUGCAGAACCUCGACAAGUACUGCAAACUCAUUCUGAACACCUGGCCAGUCUGUUACAGUAGACUGUUUACCUGUAAGAAAAAACGUUGUGUUGGAUAGGUUGUGUUUGUGUAUAGUAUGUAGGUGUGUAUUAUUUGCUCAUGUGACGAUUUUGUGGUCAAGUAAACAUUGUAGCAAAGUGUCAUUUCUUCAGUGUUGUCACAUGAAAAGAUAUACUCAAAUAUUUACAAAAAUGUUAGAAAAAAAUACAAAUCAUGACAAAAACAAAGUGAUUAACCAGUCAUAACUAACCAAUGGCAAUGCAGAUUACACAGUAAGCAACCAAUUGAUUAAACACAGGAUAUGACAUCAUGGAACACUCACUUUUGUGAUAUACUGUAUAUACCACUAGAACAUAUGUCCCAUCACAUGUAAAUUAUUUUGUUGUCAUUUCCAUAACAUUUCACAGUUUUCUUUCCACAAAUGUUUCCUACCAUUGAAGCACAAUGUUGCAUUUUUGCAACGUUUCCAGAAAAUUGUACUACACAUUUGAGAAAAAAAAACAGAUUAUUGUCAUAAUCAGAGGCCUAAUACAAGUAUUUCUGAAGGGUAGUAACAUUAAUUCCUCAUUUGGAUCUAUGCUUGGGUCUCACAGGGUUAAGGAAAUGGAUGGCUGGAAUGAGGAAGUUAAAAUACGAACCUACAAAUGUGACUCUCCCAUUGUAUAAACAUUGGUUUAUAUAUUCAAGAUUACUCUUUAGUUUAUAUGUAUUCAAGAUUACUCUUAUUUGAUUUUGAAGUGUCUGCGCCAGCAAUUUAUUUGACUAAGCCGGUCAAGGUUGGGGCGGCAGGGUAGCCUUGUGGUUAGAGCGGUGGACUAGUAACCGAAAGGUUGCUAGUUCAAAUCCCCCGAGCUGACAAGGUCCAAAUCUGUCGUUCUGCCCCUGAACAGGCAGUUAACCCCCCCCCCCCCCCCCCCCCCCCCCCCUAGGCCGUCAUUGAAAAUAAGAAUUUGUUCUUAACUGACUUGCCUAGUUAAAUAAAGGUUUAAAAAAAUGUUGA